AUGGAAAGUAAAGAAGGAUUUGAUGAAUUUAUACUUGAUUCAUUUCGAUAUAUUGGAGGAAGGAGAUAUCAUAAUGUAUUUGAUGCAAAAUAUUUCUUUCCAAAUGAUAUUGGAGAAGUUGAUCGUCUUCAAGGAGAACAUUAUUUAUAUCAACAUAUUUGGAAAGGAAAUUUUUCAUCCCCCGUUCAACAGACUUUAAGAAAGCCUGGUGCUACUGUUUUGGACGUUGGUUGCGGUCCAGGUUCAUGGGUGAUUGAUAUGGCAUGCGCUUUUCCAUCGACAAUAUUUGUUGGUUUGGAUAUUUCUCCAAUAUUUCCUUCUGAGAAAAAUCUACCUAAUGCAUCUUUCUUUCAAUCAAAUUUGUUAGAUGGUCUUCCAUUUCCGGAAGGUACAUUUGAUUUUAUUCACCAAAGAUUUCUCUCUACUGCAUUGGAAGAAUCUCAAUGGAAAGAUGAAGUAAUUUAUGAAAUUAUUAGAAAAACUAAACCUGGUGGUUGGAUUGAAUUUAUGGAAAUUGAAAGUUGUAAAUCCGAUGAUUUUUUUUCUCCAAAUUACCAUAAAUUACUUACUUCACUCUUUGAAUUUCUUGCCAAACGUAAUAUAAAUUUAGAAAUUUGUCCCAUUAUUGAAAAUGUUCUGAGAAAUAAUAAACAACUUAAAAAUGUUAAGCAUGAAAGACGUUCAGUUCCUAUUGGACAAUGGGGUGGAAGACUUGGUGAAAUAAUGACCAUAAAUAUGAUUAGUAUUUAUUUGGCUGCUAAACCUUCUUUGUCACAAUUUAUGGGGAUUACUCAUGAGGAAUUUGAUAAAAUGUUACAAUUAUGUCGUUCAGAGCUUGAUUCAAAUAAAUAUUGUUGGAGCGUUUCUAGGUAA